CAGGCGCAGACUUGGCUGAGGCGCGCGGCCAGCGGCGGUUGGCUGCUCGCGGGUCGGCGGGCGGUUGGCGAGAGCCGGACCUGAGCUGCAGCUGCUAGAACCGGCGCCAUGGUGGAGAAGGAGGAGGCUGGUGGCGGCAUCAGUGAGGAGGAGGCGGCGCAGUAUGAUCGGCAGAUCCGCCUGUGGGGAUUAGAGGCUCAGAAACGGCUGCGGGCCUCCCGGGUGCUUCUUGUUGGCAUGAAAGGACUCGGGGCUGAAAUUGCCAAGAAUCUCAUUCUGGCAGGAGUUAAAGGACUGACCAUGCUGGAUCAUGAACAGGUAUCUCCAGAAGAUCCCAGAGCUCAAUUCCUGAUUCGUACUGGGUCUGUUGGCCGAAAUAGGGCUGAAGCCUCUUUGGAGCGAGCCCAGAAUCUCAACCCCAUGGUAGAUGUGAAGGUGGACACUGAGGAUAUAGAGAAGAAACCUGAGUCAUUUUUCACUCAAUUUGAUGCUGUAUGCUUAACUUGCUGCUCUAGGGAUGUCAUAGUUAAAGUUGACCAGAUCUGCCACAAAAACAGCAUCAAGUUCUUCACAGGAGAUGUUUUUGGCUACCAUGGAUAUACAUUUGCCAAUCUUGGAGAGCAUGAAUUUGUAGAGGAGAAAACCAAAGUUGCCAAAGUUAGCCAAGGAGUAGAAGAUGGACCUGAUACCAAGAGAGCAAAACUUGAUUCAUCUGAGACAACUAUGGUCAAAAAGAAGGUAGUCUUCUGCCCUGUGAAAGAGGCGCUGGAGGUGGACUGGAGCACUGAGAAAGCUAAGGCUGCCCUGAAGCGCACGACCUCUGAUUACUUUCUCUUGCAAGUGCUUCUGAAAUUCCGCACGGAUAAAGGAAGAGAUCCUAGUUCUGACACCUACGGGGAAGAUUCUGAGUUGCUGCUCCAGAUACGAAACGAUGUGCUUGACUCAUUGGGUGUUAGUCCUGAUUUGCUUCCCGACGACUUCGUCAGGUACUGCUUCUCCGAGAUGGCCCCAGUGUGUGCAGUGGUUGGAGGAAUCUUGGCACAGGAAAUUGUGAAGGCUCUGUCUCAGAGGGACCCUCCUCACAACAACUUCUUCUUUUUUGAUGGCAUGAAGGGAAAUGGGAUUGUGGAGUGUCUGGGUCCCAAGUGAGUCCAAGACUUGGCAGCCCCAGAGACAUUGACCGAAGCAUGCUCACAUGUAUUUCCCCCCCCCCCCCUCCACAAAGGCAUCUCCGGAGCAGGGAAGAGUGGAGUCAUGGACUCCUACAGAGCAUCAUCUCCUGCAGGCAGGGAGGUGUGCAGAUAUGUUGCUUCCAUUGCCAGCAGUUGCUAGGCAGGGCACAGGGACUGGGCAUGUUCAUUCAGUACUAUUUGAAACCUUUGGCCACCACAGGCCUGCUCGCUGUCCACAGGGCAAUCACCUCAAACCACCCCUCUAACAUCUGUAUAUUCAUCCUGUUGAAGCGCAGCCCAUCCUCUAGGGCAUUGUCGGAGAGCCUGCAGGAGCCUCAGGCCUGUGGAGCCUCCUGCUUCCUUCUUAGGCUUGUUCCCCACCUGGUGUCAUAUGAGAGGGACACGGCUUCAGGUGCGGAAUGAGGCCCAGGCCCAGUGAUGACACUCAAGUGGAACCACAGUACCAAAUUCAGACAGGUGCCCUUAGAAAAAACACGACGGGCGGAAUGUACUUCCUCUAGAGUUUGAGAUCAUGAAAACAACAGGUGGCGUCUGGUGUGCAGUUCUUUAGUUUUAGUUUGGGAUUAGUCAAGUUCCAGCCUGGAUUUUGGAAGGGAAGAAAUAUUGCCAAGUUCUCUUUUAAGUUAAAUAUUAGUGGGAGAGCUUGUUUUAAAAAGAUAGAUUUAAGCUGGUCAUGAUGGCACAGGCCUGUAAUCCCAGCAGCUCAGGAGGCUGAGGCAGGAGAAUCUAAGUUCAAGGUUAGC